CACCAAGUAUCAUAAAAGGAGUUGUCUGUCUUAGUAUUUUUCAACCGUAUCCAUAUCCUAGGUUUUGCUUCCUAGGUAGUGCUUUGGUAUGUUUCCAGCUGAUGCUAUCUUAGGUCUUCAGAGGAAAUGUUUUUAUCAAGUAUGGAUCCUUCAUGAUUGUGGGUAUUUUGGAAUGAAACCCUCCCCCUCUUACUUUUCCUCUUCUAGAGAAACUAUUUCGUAAUUUCAUUAGAUUUCACCUUCAAGUUAUCUGUGUAAAUAGGGCAGAACUGGGUUUUUGUGUGAUGUUUGCUUGCUUUAUCUCCUUUUUAAUCUUGUAUCCAUCUCUUCCAGGCCCCGGCCCCGACUAGACCGGCAAUUUCUCCAACGUUUUUUAAAGAUCCAAACUAUUUUAUUUCCCACAUGCUCCUCCAAGAAUACACUGAUGUUCCUAACCUUGUUGGGAGUUGCCCUUUUGGCUGGUCAUUUAUCAGGUGGGGCUGAUCCCCAGUCAGUAUUUUGGAGUUCUGGGAAGCAAAGACUUUUAUGGAUUCCAAAAAAUAACCACACUUGCUCUGAUGCUCAUUGUAUUGAACUCUAUGUUAAAGAGUUUUGACCAAUUUAUUUGUAACUUGAUGUAUUUGAACUGGAGAAAGACCCUCACUGAAUACCUCCAUGGCUACUACUUCCAGGGCCAGGUGUAUUACACUUUGAAUAUUCUGCAUGAGGAAAUUGAUAAUCCAGACCAACGAAUCAGUCAGGAUGUGGAGAGGUUCUGCAAACAACUCAGCUCUAUGGCCAGGAAGGUGAUCAUUUCACCUUUCACCCUUGUUUACUACACCUAUCAGUGCUUUUACAGCACUGGCUGGAUGGGUCCAGUGAGCAUCUUUGGCUAUUUUUUCAUUGGAACCAUUGUCAACAAGAUCUUGAUGAGCCCCAUUGUUUCAAAACUGGUAAUUCAGGAGAAACUGGAAGGUGAUUUCAGGUUUAAGCAUAUGCAGCUUCGAGUUAAUGCUGAAUCCGCAGCUUUUUACAGAGCUGGUGAAGUUGAGCACAUGAGAACCAAUCGCAGGUUACAAAAUCUUCUGCUGACACAAAGGGAGCUGAUAGGCAAAGAGCUACUGCUGUACAUUGGAAUCAACACAUUUGAUUAUCUGGGCGGCAUACUGAGUUAUGUGGUGAUUGCCAUUCCCAUAUUUGGUGGCAUCUACAAUGAUCUGGAUCCAGCAGAAUUGAGCUCCUUGGUUAGCAAGAAUGCCUUUGUCUCUAUUUACCUGAUUGGCUGCUUUAGUCAGCUCAUUGACCUCUCAACCACUUUGUCUGAUGUGGCUGGGUACACACACAGAAUUGGGGAACUGCAAGAAAUGCUGCUGAAACUAUUCAAGAAACAAAAUGAUUGUGAAUUGCAAGCCAAAUGGAAUUUCGGCAUUGUUUCCAAAGACAAGAUGGUUUCCAGUGACACAGCUUUUCUCCUGGAGCAAGUCUCUGUCUCUGCACCUUCGGAGAAGCUGCUCAUCAAGGACUUAAAUCUGAGAGUCGCACAAGGAGACAAUCUGCUAAUUACUGGAAACACAGGCACAGGGAAGACAUCUUUGCUCCGUGUCCUUGGGGGUCUCUGGGAGAGCAAGCUGGGGAAUAUCCACAUGCUGACUUGUUUUGGCCCACAUGGAAUUGUGAUCUUGCCACAGCGGCCUUUCUUUACAGAUGGGACCCUGAGAGAACAGGUGAUAUACCCCCUGAAGGAAAUCUAUCCAGAUUCAGGUUCUGCUGAUGAUGAAAGGAUACAGAGGUUCUUGGAACUGACUGGGCUGUCUGAUCUGUUGUUGAGAACAGGAGGUUUGGACCAGCCAGUGGACUGGAACUGGUAUGAUAUUCUGUCUCCAGGUGAGAUGCAGAGGCUAUCAUUUGCCCGGCUCUUCUAUCUCCAACCCCAGUAUGCAGUGCUAGAUGAAGCUACCAGUGCAUUGACAGAGGCUGCAGAGAAUGAACUGUACAAGAUCUGUGCCCAGCUGGGGAUGACUAUAGUCAGUGUGGGACAUCGCAGCAGUCUGGAAAAGUUUCACAGCUGGAUGUUGAAACUGUGUGGAGAAGGAAAAUGGGAAUUAACGAGAAUCAAGAAAGAUUGAACAAUUCCAGCAAAAAAUGCAGUUAAAAUCCUCCAGUGGCUUCAGUUACCAAAGUGCCUUGAAAUCAACAUGCCUAAAGGAAGGCCUCUGACCAAUGGACUUCAAAUUUCACAACCAACAAAUCUUAGUGAGGCUUCUGAAAGACCUUCAGCUUGAAGAAUGGGAAUAAGGGGAGUUCUUAUUCUAGCUUUUUGUAUAAAAUGCUCCCAGUGCAUUGUUUUGACUACUAUGUGAAGAUUUCUAAAAGAAAAAGAAGAGGGUACUUUUUCCACCUUUGCAUCUCAUUUGAAAUGAGAAACAGCUUUGAAAAAUGUUCUGUAGAAGCGAAACUGAUGGAAGUGGCACAAACUCUUCUCAACUGAGCCUGUGUAUUAUGUUUUAGAUUAGUUUCAGGUUCUUUGCCCAAGCAGGAACUAUACAAGAUGCCUGAGUCUUCAGUAUGCUGAGUAGUCUCUCAGUUCUUGGUUGCCAACAAAUGGGUAAAUUACCUCAGUACUACAAAUGUGCAUUCAGUUUCUUUGAGGAUGAGACAAAUGAACAUUUAACAAAGAGCCCUCAGAAGACUGUUAGAGGUAAAGUAUGUGAUAAGUACAGAUCAUGUAGGAAUUUAUUAACAAACAUGGAAACCCUGGAAAUCAUGUCAGCCCUUUCUACCAUGCCAAUGUUUGUCUGUUUAGUUUCCAUAGGGAGAAAGAAUUACAGCUACAAGGCUGCUAGAAUGAGAAAUGAUGAAAAAUCUGCAAGGCUUUAGUAAAUACUUAUUUGAAGGGACUGGAUACACCUCUUUGAAAAAGAGGGAAAAGUGCAGUUCUU